UGGGAGGUAAGAAAAAUGAAUUGAGCAGAUGGUGGAGAAAACCCACAAAAUAUUUGGUGGCAUAGUUAACAACAUGCAGAACCCUUUUCCGCCAUAGAUGAUCAAAUGAUGGUCCUCGGAGGGCUUUGUCGUCCUUGUUCUCUAAUCAAUAUUAUCAUCGUCCUAAAAACCAAAUAUAUAAUAAUUAGUCCAGCAUUAUGAAUUACACCCUUAAAUUCAUAAUUGCCUGGAUCAUCUACCCAGCCCUUCUCGCAUUGUUCCUCACCAUCCUCAUUUUUACGGGCUAUUAUUUCAUUUUAGGGAUCAAAUUGGGAUUCGACAAACUUUUCCUUAUUGUAUGUGAAAGGUGGCAUCUACGAGGAGGUGGUCAUGGCCGGGGAAGGAUGUCGCCUAUAUUCCCUGAACCGGCGGAUGUCAAUCUUCAAAACAAAGAUGAAGAAGUGGCGGUGAAGGUCUUGGAUAUUCCGGCACCGGAAGAAUACAAAAGGGAUCGGAAUAAAUCAAUUACAAGUUGUGCAAUUUGCUUGGAUGAUUUGAUGGAUGGAGAGUUAUGUCAAACUCUUCCUCAAUGUAAACAUACGUUCCAUUCGCUUUGUAUUAAUCCUUGGGUUCUGCAGAUGCAAACUUGCCCCAUUUGUCGGCAAUCUCUUCCAGUUGUUUGAGGAAAUAAAUAAAUUGCAUCCAUGUUUUUGUUCCCAUAACUAAAUACUACAUGAGUCAAAUGCAUUGUUCUUUCAUCAUAUGAUCAAUAAAUGGCCGCUUAAUUAACUAGUUAAUUAGGUCCUGGCCGUUAGGAAGUUUUUUCUAUGAAUUAAUCGAAGCCAUUUCGGGUUGAUCAUGAUGUCCUAAUUUUGUUUUGUCCCUCUACUUUUUGGCUCAUUGAAAGCGGAAAGAAGCUGUAGCCAUUCUACCCUAGGAAGACAAUAUUAAUGCAC